ACCACCAGUGUAGAGCUACAACAAUCUAGAACACAGGUAGUACAAAGAAUUGUUCUAAUCUAUUCUCACACGAUCUACAACCACCCGCUCACAAACACAAGUCAGAGCGACGGAGGCCCCGGUGAAGAGGACAUCAUACUGAGACCAACUUCUCUUGACUACUACCACUAGUUUGAUUCUGGUAGCCAGGUGUGGAUCUUAUUCCCGGGGUUGUCAUGGAAGCAGGCUCCACCCCUAGGAUCAAGGUGUAUAGUGCCUGGGAUCAGGUGGAGGAGACAGACCAGGAGGAGGAGAAGGUGGGUUCGGCUUCAGAAGACCAUAUGAUGAACCUCAAGGCCCUGGCGCAGAAGCUGAGGCUGGAAACACGGAGGCUGUCCUACCUCGAGUGGAAGGCCCGUUUAGAGGCCCAUAGCACCAAAACCCUGAUUGUACCACAGCAGAGCACCAGGGACUUAGUGGAGCCAGAAGAGCAACGGGAAGUGCCCCAGAGUGAGGGCAGGUCAGACAGUGAGAGCACCAAAUGUCUGGCUGAACCACAGCUACAGCAGGAGCUCCACGCAGAGCAACAAGAGGAGAAGGAGAAGGCCAAACGACAACCGGGGGAGCCCAGAGAGAGCCUCCUGACCUCGGGUUUGACCUGGCAGCACAGCCUGCCCUCUGGAGUGCCGAGGAGAUUUAAGAACAUCGAUGAGGCUGUGGGGUGGCUCAGGAAAGAACUGAAUGAAAUGCCUCUCCAGGACCAGCAGUUGGCCCAUCAGCUGAUGCGUCUCCAUAGCGACAUCAACAAACUGAAGAUCGAGCAGACGUGUCACCAGCACCGCCGCAUGCUCAACGAUGCCACCUACGGGCUGGAGGAGAGAGAUGAGUUGAGCGACCUGCUCUUUGACUCCCCCGUCACCCCCGGGUUCGGACUCUCCACCCCGCUGAGACUCAUAGGGGUCACCAAGAUGAACAUAAACUCUCGACGCUUUUCCCUCUGCUAGCCAGCAAGAGAGAGACAGAGAGAGAGAGAGAGAGAGAGAGAGAGAGAGGACAGACAGACAGACAGACAGAGAGAGAGACAGAGAGAGACAGAGAGAGACAGAGAGAUGCUAGCCACAUCUCUGCUAGUAGUGCCAGAUUAGGAUGGCAAUAUUCCGGAAGCUUUCCGAACAUUUUAUUUUCUUCUGAUACUGGAAAUCUACAAACCAGAAUUGUUUUCUAUGUCAGUGGGAGGAGCAUGUAGUUUGUUUUCUAUAUCAGUGGGAGGAGCAUGUAGUUUGUUUUCUAUAUCAGUGGGAGGAGCAUGUAGUUUGUUUUCUAUAUCAGUGGGAGGAGCAUAUAGUUUGUUUUCUAUAUCAGUGGGAGGAGCAUAUAGUUUGUUUUCUAUGUCAGUGGGAGGAGCAUAUAGUUUGUUUACUAUGUCAGUGGGAGGAGCAUAUAGAUUGUUUUCUAUAUCAGUGGGAGGAGCAUAUAGUUUGUUUUCUAUGUCAGUGGGAGGAGCAUAUAGUUUGUUUUCUAUGUCAGUGGGAGGAGCAUAUAGUUUGUUUUCUAUAUCAGUGGGAGGAGCAUAUAGUUUGUUUU